CUUGAAAUGGGCUGAGUCCCUCUUGCUCACCCUUGACUUGGAAAAACCAGUUUCUCUUUUAUUGUCUGUUGCUAAUCUCUAUUCUAAAAAUUCAGCUCAAUUCUCAACCAUACUCCAAACUCUCUCCUUUCCAGCUGCCUUUACUCUCUCUCCUUCAAUUCCACUUUCCUCUGCUUUCUUUUUUUUUUUUUUUUUCAGACAGGGUCUCACUUUGUCACCCAGGCAGGAGUGCAGCGGCUCAAUCUUGGGCUCACUGCAGCCUCAACCUCCCAGAGGCGAGGUUUCACCAUGUUGCCCAGACUGGUCUUGAACUCCUGAGCUUAAGCAAUCCACCUGCCUCGGCCUCCCAAAGUAUUGGGAUUACAGGCGUGAGCCACCGCAUCCGGCCUCAUGUUCUUUUUCAUUAAAGAGAGAAAUCAACUAUUCAGGACCGGCCCCCACCUUUCCUCAGGAGUCAUUUCUGUUCUGCACAGGCCUGCUGAACUGGGUGCUUUAUAUAGGGCACUGUCAUCUCUCAAGUACCCAUCGUGGAGGGUACGGACCCCACAUGAGGGUGAGGCUCUCUGCACACUCCAGAAUUUCAGUGGAGUGAAGUUCAGGAGGCAUGGAGCUGACGACCACGAGGCCUCGGCAGCCACCACCGCUGCCGCCACCACCACCGCCGCCGCCGCCGCCGCCGCCGCAGCAGCAGCAAGAGUAACUCUGACUUAGGAAUAGAGACAGCCGGAGAGAAAUGUGAUCAAUGAAGGAGACAUGUGGAGUGUGCGUGCUUCUUCAGAGGGACUGGUGAUGGGCAGACUGGAAAAAGCACUGCAGAUGGGAACAUUAAUCUUUCUUUUCUAAAAUUGAUGCUAUGAAAAUUUGCGUUUUCUGUAACUUGUAAAAACUAAAAGUUGCUUGUCUACUGAAAAGCUUCUCUGCCUCUAUGUUUUAUACCAUCGGAUGCCAACUCCCAGCCUUCUAAGCCACCUCCCCUUUAGGCUAAAACUGAGACAUGAACUUGAAAAAUUGACACUGGCUUCCUCUCUCUUUGAGGUCCCCAGGCAGGUGGCUGGGACACUAUUUGCAAUCAGCAAGGAAACCUGCUG